AUGCCUGACGGUGCUCUUGCUUGGAAAAUGAUAAAGACGCCUGGCAGUCAUACUGACCGCAUCGCACAGGCCUGUGACCGCUGCCGCUCAAAGAAAAUUAGAUGCGACGGUAAACGCCCCCAUUGUUCACAAUGCCUCUCAGUCGGCUUUGAAUGCAAAACUUCAGAUAAACUCUCAAGAAGAGCUUUCCCAAGAGGUUAUACCGAAUCACUAGAAGACAGAGUCCGCCAACUAGAAUCGGAAAAUACAAAACUUUUAAACCUAUUAGAUAUUAAGGACGAACAAAUGGAAAUGCUAUCAAAAGUAGAGGCUAAUGCAAAACAACAAAGCCUCCAAAAUCAACCUUCUCCGCAAUCUAAUACACUACCACAAAACUCUCCUCUUAAUAGUAGUAGAAUUACUAAUAGUGCUAUUACUACUACUACUAAUAGUAAUAGUAAUAGUAAUAGUAAUAGUAGUAGUAGUAGUAGUAGUAGUAACACCCCCACAACCCCAGCUCAAUCUUCAACAACCCCCACGUCAACAUCAACAACAACAACAACUACAUCAACAUCAACACCAACACCAACACCAACAUCUACUACUACCAUCACCACAACCUCUCCUCCUCCUCCCCCACAAAACUUUUCAAAUCUUAUCAAUAAUUUAAAAUCUGCCCAACCACAAGACUCUAGCGAUGAUGAAGAAGCCUACGUUGUCCACCAAAUAAACACACUUUCUCCAGAAGAAACUUAUAGAGGAUCCGCUGCUGGUGGUGUCUUUAUCGACGCCUUUCUAGAAAAACUCCGCUCAAAAAAUUGCAACAUGAUCCCUCAACUUAAAGUACUCUUUGGGAAACUAAACACUCCUUAUAUUUAUGACCCAAACCAAAUUACAAUCAAUAACAACUCUUAUCACUCUCAACAAGCUUUAUCUCCUCUGGACAUGUCAAUGCCAAUCACUCCAGCCUCUAUUGCCUCUCCCAUCUCCCCUGCAUCAUCCUCAUACCUAUCUCAUCGCCCAUCCUCAUGUGCUGGAUCCAAUAAUCUUUCUUCCUCCUCCUCCUCCACAACCACCCCCUUUUUCACAAACCUUAAUAUCCCCAGCCGUCUCAGCGCAGAUAAACUCACUGCAACUUACUUCCAUGAAUGGAAUACAAUGUACGCCGUUUUAGACCAAUACGCUUACCUCGAUCAAUAUCAACGUGUCAUGAAUGCCCUUUCCUCCGCUGAACAAACAAACAAUUAUGAUCACCCUGACCUCCGUGGAAACGAACUCUUCAUCAUCAUCUCUCUACUUGUCUCCUCUCUAGGCUCUCUUGCCUUGAAAGAUAAGUCUUCAGCUGCAAUCACCGAAUCUUGGAGAAUUGAAAAGGAAUGGAAACGCCUCUUUACUGCAGACCUCCAAACAAGCCCAAGUCUCGCUACCGUCCAGGCUUUGGUCCUCGCAGAACUUUAUUCUCUCCAUACUGGUAACCAAGACGAUGUCUGGCAUUUCCGAAUGAUGGCCGCCUCAAUGUCUCAGCGUUUAGGUCUCCACCGUUGCCACAAGUCUCUCAAACUUUACAAUGGUGAUAGACUCCCCUUUUACCAACAAGAAAUGCGUAGACGCAUCUUUUGGGUAGCUUACACUCUUGAUUGCUUCUCCGCUGCUCUUCUUGGUUCUCCUCGUCUUCUCAACGAUAGAGAUAUUGAGUGCGCUCCUCCUUCUAAUAUCGACGAUGAAAUGCUUCGUAACCAUGAGGAAACUCCUCCAGUCACUAACGGUGAAAAAUCUACUCAAAUGACUUGCCCACUCUCCGUCAUUCACUUUGCUAAGAUCUUUGGAACCAUUCUCGAUACUAUCUACUCUUCAACAAAACGCUCCCAUCCAUAUAAAACUGUCGUCAUGCUUGAAGAUAUGUUGGAACAAUGGCGUCGGGAACUCCCCGCUGAACUCAAGUUUGAGUUUGCAAACGGAAUGCCUGCAGCAACUCAUGUCACUCUUCACCAAAAAUCCCCUCUUCUCCUCGUCAUGUACCAUUAUGCUCGUGUCCUCAUCCACAUGCCUGCCAUUUCUGCUCCCUCUUUGGGGACAACUGCCGGUGCUCGUGGUUCUGCUUCUUGUGUAGCUGUCAUGCAAAGUUCAAAAGUUGUCAUUCAAGUCAUGAACUAUCUCAAGGCUCGCUGUGUUGUCCCAACUCUUUGUAUGAAUACUCCUCGAUUUACAGUCUUUUUCGGUGCCGUUGUUCUUUAUGGUGCUGUUGACUAUUCCAGAGGUGGUGCACUUCUUUUGGAAAUCCGGAAAAUCAUGGCCUCAGCAAUCACCCAUCUCUACUCAGACCUUCAACUCCACCGUCCUGGGUCUCUUAUUCCAGAAUCUUACCAGAUUUUCGAAGAAGCAUGCGACACUUUACUCAACUCGUCUGCUAGUCGGAAAAAUAGUGACGCUGCAGCCGUGCGUAAGCGUCGCUCCACUGUGUCGAAACGUCGUGAUUCCAAACCUACUACUUCUACUGCUGCUGCUACUGCUGCUAUUGCUGCUAUCCCCACUUCUAUUACCAACACUAUUCAACCCCAUUAUGCCCCACCAAUCACUGCUGCUCCUACUCCGGCUUCUAUCCCUUCUCCGAAACUUUCUCCUCCUUCUGGCCCUGUCAAUAUUGCAUCUCAGCCUAGUUGCAUGUCCUCCUCAUCCAUGCAUACCCCAUCACCCACUGACUGCGGAAGUAAUAUGCCAUCUUCCCAAAUGUCUUUGCAAAAUCGGUCCAAUCCACACCCAUCUUCCAUGGUACAUAUUAAACAAGAAGAUGAUGACUUGGAAAUUGAUCAACUUCUUUCUCGUAUCCCUUCCUCAAAGCAACUUGAGAAGGAAUCAAUCAAUCAAAAGUCUUUGUGGAACUCGUCUGAUACUCAAUUACGUGAUGAUGCUUAUAGUGAACUCAUGAUGCUUAACGCAAUGGCCGGAGGAAGUCGUUCUCGUUCAGUUUCAUCUACAAACUCUACCUCGAGCGGUGGCUCUACUCCAGGUCAUGUUCCAUCUGCUGCCCCCCUAGGAAGUAUGAUGGAAAAUGUCCCACUCAUGACCCCUAUUGAUUUAUUUUUCGAUUCGGGCAUGAUUUCUACCUCUUUCAACUCAAAACAAAAUAACAAUAAUGGAGUCCCAGCCGCGCUGGCGCACUCUAAUAGCUCAUCAUCCUCAUCCCUCUCUAAGCUCACCGAAUCUCUUGCGGCCGCAGGUAAGGCCGCAGCGGCUGCAGCUACAACUAACGCAACGGCCAUGGCGUCGACCUCAACAACUAACCUCCUGACGGGGUCCAGUGGUGCUGCUACGCCUCUCUUCUGUACGGGGCCUGGUGCUGCGUCGAUCCUUAACCCUGGGGCUGUGGGGAAUGCUAAUGAUUUGUUUGAUUUUUUCAAUACAAAUUGGGCUGACACUAGUCUCUGGGCCGGUGGUGAAGACCAUUAA